AUGGCCCUCCUCAGAGCCUCCGCGUCCCUGGCGCGUCCUGCCGCCCGCGCGGCUCGCACACCCACCGCGCGCAGAGCAUUCUGCCUCUCCGCCUCGCGCAUGGCCGCCGCCCCGAGCCUGUUCGCCGGCGAGCCCUCCGGCCCGGCCCUCAAGACUGACAUCCCCGGCCCCGCGUCCAAGAAGGCCACCGAGGACCUGCACAAGGUCUUUGAUACCCGGAGCUUGAACAUGCUCACCGACUACAAGAAGAGUUUGGGCAACUACAUUGCCGACGCCGACGGCAACGUCCUCCUCGAUGUCUACGCUCAAAUCGCUUCCAUCCCCCUGGGCUACAACAACCCGGCCCUCGCAAAGGUCGCCCAGACCCCCGAGAUGGUCAACGCAAUCAUCAACCGCCCCGCCCUGGGCAACUUCCCCCCCGAAGACUGGGCCGAGGUCCUCCGCACCGGCAUCCUCAAGGUGGCGCCCAAGGGUCUCGACCAGGUCUUCACCGCCAUGGCCGGCUCCGACGCAAACGAGACUGCCUACAAGGCCGCCUUCAUGUGGCGCCGCCAGCAGGAGCGCGGCGGCCCGGACGUCGAGUUCACCGCAGAGGAGACCUCCUCCGCCAUGAACAACCAGUCCCCCGGCGCCUCCGACCUGUCCAUCCUCUCCUUCAAGACGGGCUUCCACGGCCGCCUCUUCGGCUCCCUCUCCACCACCCGCUCCAAGCCCAUCCACAAGCUCGACAUCCCCGCCUUUGACUGGCCCCAGGCGACCUUCCCCUUGCUCAAGUACCCGCUCGAGGAGCACGUCGAGGAGAACGCCGCCGCCGAGAAGGCCGCCCUCGACGAGGUGGAGCACCUCAUCAAGAACUACCACAUCCCCCCCGCCGCCGUCAUCGUCGAGCCCAUCCAGUCCGAGGGCGGCGACAACCACGCCUCCCCCGCCUUCUUCCGCGGCCUCCGCGAGGUGACCAAGAAGCACAACGUCCUCCUCAUCGUCGACGAGGUCCAGACCGGCGUCGGCGCCACCGGCAAGUUCUGGGCCCACGACCACUGGGACCUCCCUACCCCUCCCGACAUGGUCACCUUCAGCAAAAAGGCCCAGACGGCAGGCUACUACUUCGGAAACCCCGAGCUGCGCCCCAACAAGCCCUACCGCCAGUUCAACACCUGGAUGGGCGACCCGGCCCGCGCCAUCCUCUUCCGCGCCAUCGUCGACGAGAUUGAGCGCCUCGACCUCGUCAACAACACCGCCCGCGUCGGCGACUACCUCUUCGGCAAGCUCGAGGGUCUGGCGAGCAAGUACCCCGGCCAAUUCGCCAACCUCCGCGGAAAGGGCCAGGGCACCUUCAUUGCCUUUGACAACCCGCGCCGCGACGAGUUCCUCAAGAAGGCAAAGGGUCUGGGCAUCAACAUUGGCGGAUCGGGCGAGAGCGCCGUCCGUCUGAGGCCCAUGCUCAUCUUCCAGGAGCACCACGCUGAUAUCCUCAUUGAGGCCCUGGAGAAGAUUGUCAAGUCUUGGUAA